AUGGACCGCCUUAAGCAUAAGAGGACCGCCCGCCGAACGCAAAUUACGAAGUUGGUCAACGAGGUGGCGGAACUGCGAGGCAAUAACAGCGUUUCCAAGGCAGCACUCAACGGACUGCUCAACAGACUCGUCGCGAACGACAGUGAUCUACGGCAAAUCAACAAAGACGUAGAGCCACUGAUCAAAGAAGAAGACCUCGAAGAGGAGUACACGACGAUGAUCACCUAUGAAGAUCAGGCGCACAACGCCAUCGCUGAACUUCAAACUAGGAUUGCGGAGAUACAACUUGUCGAUCAGGUCACAGCAACAGCGACCCCUUCGCCAUCAGCACGACCGUCCGAGAGUGAGCGACCACACACUGGAGUCAAGCUCCCGAAACUUCAGCUGCAAUCAUUCGCCGGUGAGUUGACUCAGUGGCAGCCUUUUUGGGAACAAUAUGAAACAACUGUUCAUAAUAACCGGAACCUCACUAAGACGGAAAAGUUUCAAUAUUUGCGGUCGUUACUACGUGGGUCGGCUGCCUCUGCUGUCAUGGGUUUGCAAGCAUCAGAAUCGUGCUACGAUGACGCCAUCGAAAUCUUAAGACAACGUUUUGGGGACAGGUGCCGCAUUGAAAGAGAGCAUCUAGCAAAGCUGUGGAACCUGCCUGGUGUAAAAUCGGCGAACGACGUGCAUGGACUGCGAACAAUGUACGACCAUGUUCAGAAUAAUGUGCGUGGACUACGUGCUCUCGGCGUCUCUAGUGCAAGCUAUGCAUCAAUGAUGGUCGACAUAUUGUUGACAUCGUUGCCCUCAGAUAUGGUGGUGGAAUAUCACCGACUCGCUCGCUAUGGCACUGCUCUCAGCGAGCCUUCGGAAGAUGUCGAGGGCAACGCAGCUCAUGACGAACGUCAUUCGACGGGUAGUGGGUCAGAUUCAACGGCGAGCGGUGAGUUGACGAAGGUUCUCAAUUUUCUUCGUGUCGAGAUUGAGAGCCGAGAGCGCUCCCGCAUAAAAGACACCGCGCAUGGACAACGAGCAUCAAGGACAAAAGUAGGCGGUUUCGUCCCGACUGGUGCAGUACUACAGAACAGCGUUCAAGUGCUAUCGAAGCGCUUCUUUUGCAAUUCGGCUGACCACGGCGCGCCGCAGUGCAAAUGCGGCUUAUCAUUGGCUGAAAAACGGAAGAGGCUCUCGGAGGAUAUGCGCUGCUACCGAUGCACCAGGAAGGGCCACCGAUCAAAAGACUGUCGAGCAAAGAUUACCUGCAGUCACUGCCGAAAACGACAUGCAUCAUCAUUGUGCGAUCCAUACAAGCAGUCUCAAGGGAAUUCGACAGAAGAUGGCCAGAUUGCUACAACGAACAUGAGGACAACCAACAGUACGCCUGCGCGGCAAGACGCGAAUAUCUUGCUCCAAACAUUUCGAGCGUGGGCCACCUCCGACAGAACCACUGCCUACCUUCGGGGCAUCAUCGACGGAGGAAGCCAACGUACCUUCAUUCGUGAGGAUGUUGCCAAUAAGCUUCAAUUGAAGGUUAUGGGAGAAACAACUCUCCAGCUCAACACCUUCGCAAAUGAGAGCCCCAGCAGAUCUGCAACGACCGUAAAGAUUGUGAAGCUUGUGCUGCACAGCCAAUACUGCUCCGAAGCAUUCACCAUCGAGGCUUUAACCAUUCCAUUUAUUUGCAAGGACCUCACAGCGACACCAACAGACCACGAAUUUAUACAGUCAAUUCGUCGCGACAAAGGUUUCAUCGCAGAUGAGGUGUUGUGCCCGAACAUCCCCGGCGAAGUUGGAAUAAGCCUCCUGGUGGGCUGCGACCAAAUGUGGAAGCUGUUGACCGGCGGAGUGCACAGGUGCGAGCAAAACGAAAAGCUGGUGGCCAUCUCAACAGUGUUCGGCUGGACAUUCCAAGGGCCUACCACGCUCACCUGUGACUUUGCCAAACAGAACACGACGGCGGUGUGCGUGCUGAGAGUGGAAGCGACACAAAAUCAAGAACCUGACCUUCUGAAACGAUUUUGGGAAUUGGAGAGCAUUGGAAUAGCCGACGAAGAUAAGAGCAGUGCAGAGCAGAAUGAGCUCGGCCUGGGAGAAUUCGAACGAAAUCUAAACCUAAAGGAUGGUCGAUACGAAGUUGCACUCCCUUGGAAGGCAAGUACCACCGAUUUCCCAGACAACCUGGAAGUAGCAAAGUCCAGGUUGCAAGGUCUAGUGAGACGGCUGCAGCGAAAUCACAGUGUAAUGGAGUAUGAUGAAGCCAUACGAAGCUAUGUAGAAAAUGAUCACGCCGAGCGAGUGCUCGGCGACUCACCAGAUUCGAGCUGCACGUAUUACAUGCCACACAGAGCAGUGAUUCGCAAUGGAUCUACUUCUACCAGAAUACGUGUAGUUUUUGACGCCUCAUCACACAGUGCUGGUGCCACAUCACUGAACGAUCACCUAGAGAAGGGCCCAAAGCUGAACUCCGAACUGGUUGCGAUUUUACUGCGCUUCCGGAUGCACAAAAUUGCUAUUACAGCAGAUAUUAAGAAGGCAUUUUUGCAGAUUUGCAUCCGACCAUCAGACAGAGACGCUUUGCGCUUUCUUUGGUUCGCCACUCCACCGCUUCCGGGUGCUCCACUUCCACCAAUUGAGAUUUGGAGGAUGACCCGAGUGCCGUUCGGAACUACUGCAAGCCCGUUCCUACUCGGAGCAACACUACAACAUCACCUGAAAAGCACGAACGGGCCCGAUGAGGACGUCGCCAACUCACUGGCAAACGCGUUCUACGUAGACGACUUGCUAACUGGGGCUGACAAUGUGGAAGAAGCGAAGAGGUUGACUGAAAGGGCAGAAGCCAUACUGCAAAAGGCCGGUAUGAAGUUGGACAAAUGGUCAUCAAACUCUCUGGAACUCCAGAAGAUAUUCGAGCAGUCCAACAAUAUCAGCUGUAAUGCAGAGAGGCGGCUGGGUGAAACAGAGGACACUAAAGUACUUGGCGUCGUGUGGGACAAAACGCAUGACCACCUCAGAUUCUCCGGAGAACAUAUCCUGGACACCAUGAUUGCCGCAAAAUCUACGAAGCGAAGCGUGUUACAGACAUCCGCCAAAAUAUUUGACCCGCUCGGCAUCCUUUCGCCCUACACUAUCAGAGUGGAGAUUCUGUUUCAACGCCUAUGGGAGAGAGGACUCGAGUGGGACACUCUACUGCCGGAUGACAUUUGUGACGAUUGGUUUGCAUGGUGUGCCGAACUUCCGACGCUUCACCUGAUUUCACUGGAACGAUGCUUGGUGCCUCACGGAGAGAACGGUUACACGGCAGAACUUCAUAUUUUUACUGACGCCAGCCCGCAAGCAUACGGCGCAUGCGUCUUCUUGCGAGCAGUCGACGGGGAAGGACACGUUAAGGUGGGACUACUGUUCGCGAAAUCUCGUGUGGCACCCAUCAAGAAACUCACACUGCCACGCUUGGAACUAAUGGGAGCGGUGAUGGGGGUCCGAAUCGCGAAACUGGUGCGUGACUCGCUGACGGCUACUAUCAGUGAACCCACCUACUGGACGGACUCCACCAUUGCCCUCAGCUGGAUAAAGGGAAACUCCUCAAAAUGGAAGCCGUUCGUCAGGAACCGCGUGAGCGAAGUACAAAGUAGCAGUGACCCAUCAUGCUGGCGGCACUGCCCCGGUGUUUCUAACCCAGCCGACGCACUGACAAGAGGCCUUACCGUCACAGCACUGGCUGAGUCCCGAUUGUGGUUCCAUGGGCCGGAAUGGUUAUCACAAGCACCGCAGUUUUGGCCCCAAGCGGACACACCACCAACAGAGGCUGAUUUGCAUACGUUCCAAGAAGAGGGGGUCCCGAAAGACGUCGUCGUAACGCACGUAACAACGACGACACCCCCAUUAUUCGACUUGAAGAGAUACAGCACCUACCAACGCAUUUUGCGCGUCACAGCGUGGAUAAUGCGCUUUACAACAAACUGUCAACCGAAGAACCGUGCCAGCGGACCGCUUUCAUCAUUAGAGAUAGAGCAGGCGGAAAAAUAUUGGGUGAAACAAGCACAGUACCAAGCCUACCAAGAAGAAAUCAUCGCUCUCUCCCAAGGCGAGAAAUUACGCGAGUCAUCCAAAAUAGUCAGGCUACAGCCUUUCAUUGAUGACUUGGGUGUGCUACGUCUCACCGGAAGACUUCAGUACGCCGACGAUACCGAGGAGGUCAAGCACCCCAUUCUACUACCGAAAGAGCACCCAUUGACGAGACACAUCGCAGAAGGAGCCCAUCGCCGCACUUUGCACGGAGGGGUACAAGCGACUCUCACAGAUCUCCGCCAGAGGUGGUGGAUUACCCAGGCCAGACAACUCGUGAAGUCAAUCUUGCUGCGGUGUAGGGUAUGCGCCCGCUUCCGAGCAACCCGUGCUACAGCACCGACUGGACCCCUUCCGGCCGACCGAAUUAACCGAAGUCAUCCGUUUGACACCAAUGGGAUCGAUUUCGCCGGCCCUGUGUAUGCAAAGACCGGCGGCGCGCCCCAGAAGUCCUACAUUGCACUCUUCACAUGUGCGACAACGAGAGCCAUCCACCUCGAGUUGGUCUCUGACCUUACUUCGAAAUCCUUCAUCAUGGCAUUUCGACGCUUCAUCUCACGAAGGGGACCACCAUCUACGGUCUACACCGAUAAUGCCCUCACCUUUGAGAGAGCGGAACGGGACAUUAAGAAGCUGUGGGACGUUAUUAGAAGUGAUGACACCCAAAACUUUGCUUCCACGAGCCGCAUCCAUUGGAAGUAUAUUGUGGAACGAGCGGCUUGGUGGGGAGGUUGGUGGGAGAGGAUGGUUCGGACCGUGAAACAGUGCCUUCGGCGGGUCCUCGGGCGUCAGUGCCUUACUUUCGAACAAAUGACAACCCUCUUACACGAGGCCGAGGCAGCUGUUAAUUCCCGCCCACUAACCUUCCUUCCGUCAACGCCAGACGAACCGAUAGCCUUGACCCCGGCUCAUCUUCUAAUUGGGCGAACUCUGACAGCGCUACUUUCAGGGCCUGUCACGACGGGUCCCCCCUCGUCUGCGGUCAGCCUGAGGGAGCGAUGGAGACAUCUGCAGAGACUCGCCGAUCAUUUUUGGCGAAGGUGGAAGCGCGAGUAUCUAUUAGAGCUAAGAUCCGCGCAUACUGCUUCCUGUGAGGGGAGCCCAGUAGGGAUACAGAGGGAAGACAUCGCCCUCCUGCACGAGGAAAGAGUCCCCCGACAUUUAUGGAAGGUGGUGCGAGUCACGGAACUCUACAAAGGCCGUGACGGGAAAGUCCGCUCCUGCGCUGUCAAGCUGCCCUCCGGCCAUGUGACUCGCCGACCCGUCCAAUUACUCUUCCCGUUAGAAUGUGCCUAG